AUGGAAAUAGACUGUGUGCCAAACAUCCUCAAGGCCAUUGAAAGUGACCAAUUUGCUUACCGGCGAGUGAACACUCCAUUUUACCCCUUUCAAGACCAAGCAGAGUUUGAACUUGGCAAAUUCCUCUGCGAGUGGCUCACACAAACUAAACCAUUGUUUGGCUCAAAAGACCAGCUGCUUGCAUGGAUGGGUUCUCUUCCCACCAGACCAAAAUGGUGUUCAAUGACACUUGAAAUAACAAGCUAUCCAACUGUCCAACCAGUACAGCUCAUCUGGUGUGAUGGCUUAGAAGUAGUGGAAGAUCUCUUCACCAAUCCAAUUUUCGUAAACCACAUGACAUAUGACCCACACAUCGUGGUUGAUGGUGAUGAGCAUGAGUAUAGUGAAUAUUUUACAGACCAACUUCCCAAAGGUGCUACCAUAGUUCCAAUAGUCAUUGCAUCUGACAAGACACCCAUAACAUGGCACACUGGAGGGCUUGAAAUGCACCCUAUCUUCGUCUCAAUUGCUAAUAUUCAGUCUGAUGUACAGAUGAGAGUAAUGAGUCAUGCUUGGCAAUGUGUUGGCUUCAUGCCAAUUCCAAAAUUCGCUGACAUCCAUUCUGACUACCAAAUUAUUCUAACCAUGACAGGCAAAUUUAUGCCUGAUCCAUCUGGCCAUGUACAACACUGCUUCAUGCCUCUGGCUGCUUACACUGCAGAUUUGCCAGAACAGCAAGUGAUCACAUGUGUCUCGAAGGUCACUUCUCCUAUUAUGUUGGCCACCUCUCAAUCCUUUGGCGACAACUAUCGCCACGCACCAUGCACAAAGGAACAUGCCCUUUCAGUGAUAUACGACAUCUGUCAAUGCAUUGAUCCGUGGAGGUUACACGAAUUCCAGGAGGAAGCGAAGGCUCAUUCAUUAAGUGGUAACUGGCAGUUCACAGAUCCUUCUCACUUCUUAGCAGGAGAAGUUCUCCACACCUGCCAUAAAUUCUUUUUUGAUCAUCCAUUCAAGUGGUGCAAAGAACUAGUGGGUAAGGACAAACUCGAUGCCCAAUUCAAAAGUCACCACAAGCGAGUAGGAAUGUGCCAUUUUUCAUCUGGAGUGUGCCAGAUGAAACAAAUGACUGGCCAAGAACACCAGGACUUGCAAUGCACCUUGGUGCCUUCCAUUGCUGGGGUUGUGCCUCCCCAGUUUGUCCAUGCGAUCCGCACUUUGAUUGACUUUGUUUACAAGGCUCAAAGCCCUGUUUAUACAGAUACCUCCAUUGAUUCCAUGGUUGCAUCUCUCAAAGAGUUUCAUGACCAUAAGCAAGCAAUUCUUGAUGCAGGAGCUAGACGAGGCAUGAAAGGAACGAUUGACCACUUCCUCAUCCCAAAGCUGGAGCUUUUACAGAGCUUCACUAUGUUCACAAAGGAUAUAGGUGCUCUCAUUCAAUGGAUGGCUGAUGUCACUGAGCACCUUCUCAUCACUCAUUGCAAGCUUCUGUUUGAAAGGACAUCCCGCCAGUCACGCACAUUUACAGAGCAGAUUGAGUCAAUGCGACAAUUUCAGCUGUAUCUCUUCCUAUGGAUGCACAACACCCCCCUCACCAAUGCUAUACAAGAGAUCACCAAAAUCAACCCUGCCCUUGCAUGGAUCACCCGCAUCGCACCUGGUGAUCCCAAUCAGUGUUGUUUCAUUGGACCCCGUCUGGUUCAAAACCAUUUUCUGAAGGGCAUACUGUCUUCCACUGCAACAACUGCCUUCCAUGUUACCAUCGCUCCUGAUAGAGCCAAGAUGUCUAUCAAUGAAGCCUCUAAUGGCCAACCUGCAAUGUCAUGGAGCUGUGAUCAUGGUUGUGUUAAGACUUUGAACAAGUUUCAAUUACAGCUGCAUUCCAUAUUUCACUCACGGCUGAUUAUGCCUAGUCAGGUCAUUCAAGCCAGUCCACCUUCACAAAUAUUUCCUCUGGGAAAUUGUGAUGCAGUUAUCGUGCAGUCAUCACAUGGCGACCAGACGGUAAAUCUUAUUGCACAAGUGCAAGCUAUCUUCCAGCCCAUUCCACCUCAUCACACCACACUUCCCCACUACCUUGCAGAUCAACCACUGAUUUAUGUACAAUAUUAUGAGGUCGUUGGUCAUCUGUGUGAUCAGCCUGCCAUCAGCAUGUGUAUGGUAGCCCGAAAAUAUCAUGAUGGGCCUGGCAGUCAGAGGAUGAGAUUGGGCGUGGUUAUCCCUCUAACAGAUGUUACACAUGCAGUAGAACUUAUCCCUAAGGAACUAACCAUAGAGUGGGUGUACAAGUGCUUUUACUUGAAUAAUUUCUCGGACAAGGAAGUGUAUCAUACCUUGCACUCAGACUUGCACUAG